AUCUAAGCCUCAGUGACCUUAUCAGAGAGCAACACAAUCUAUCUGGUCUACACUCCAUAGGUGUCCUCCUGCAGGAAAGAAGCUGUGAGCAGACAAGGCAGACACCCUUGCAUUUUGUGGCCACCCAGCUAAAAUCCUGGGUUUGGAUUAUUGUGACUCUUUUCCCAGAUAAAAUGGACUAAGCAGGACACUUUUUGAUAUUUACAUCAUGUAAUCUACCAAGCAGUUCAUCUGUUGGCUGACGUUGACUUGAGCCGACAUGGAUCUGGUCAGGGCUCAUUACCUCAAGAGGGAACUAAUUUGAUUUGUCAGUAAUGGAGGCAGAAGAACAGAAGCAUGAUCGUUCACCUUAAUCUUUGAAUUUUCAUUCCUUCCUGGAAGAGGAGGAGGAGAAGGAAGAGAAAGGGAAGGCCACCAUGAGAAUUCAUACUUCAUCUUCAAAGACACUUACCGUGCUUCUUUCUUUGAGCAUGUGGCUUGUGGAUGGUCAAUCGCCUCCUGGAAAGCCUACAAUAAUAGGUUGCCAAUUAUCAGGAAAUGAAUCAUUUACCUGCCGAUGGGAAUCAGAUUCAAGCGGAGGACUUCCUAAAAAUUACUCUCUACUGUAUAUCACAGAAAGAGAAGAACAGCCCCACGAAUGUCCAGACUACGUAUCAGCAGGUCCCAAUUCCUGUUAUUUUCAUAAAAGGCACACCAGGCUUUGGACCACAUACAAUAUCACAGUAAAAGCUACCAAUGAUUUGGGGAGUAAUUUCUCUGAUCCUUACUCUGUGGACAUGCGAACUCUAGGUAAGCCAGAGCCUCCCUUGGAUCUCUCUCUGGAGCUCAGACAAUUGAACGAGACAAUGUAUUUGUGGGCAAAAUGGUCACCACCACCUUCAAUAACUGAUGGUGCAGCAAGCUGGGAAACCUGCAAUUAUGAAUUGCAAACAAACAUUGAUGGAGGAGCAGAAUGGGAGAUGUAUGAUGUCAGAAAGCAAACACAAUAUCCAAUAUCUCAGUUGCAUCCAGACGUGAAGUACACUGCUCAAGUUCGCUGUGUAAGAGAUAGCGGGGAGACCAGUGAAUGGAGUCCAGAAAGCUACUUCAAACUCCACAGUGGCCAACCCCCAGGGAAACCGGAGUUAAUAAGAUGCCGCUCUCCCGAAAAAGAGACCUUUACUUGCUGGUGGAAACCUGGUUCUGACGGAGGUCUCCCUAAUAACUACAUUUUCUUCUAUAACAAGGAAGGAGAGGAUGAGUUCCACGAAUGUCCAGACUACACAACAGCAGGACCCAAUUCUUGUUAUUUUAAUAAAAAGCAUACUUCUAUUUGGAGGACAUACAAUUUUACCAUAAAGGCUAUGAAUGAGAUGGGAAGCACCUCCUCUGACUCUUAUUAUGUGGAUGUGGCUAACAUAGUUCAGCCAGAUCCUCCAGAAAACCUCUCUCUGGAAUUUGAGAAAAAAGUGUAUGGAGAGUAUCUCUUGUUGAAAUGGUCACCACCGUUGCUGGGAGAUCUCAGAUCCGGCUGGCUCACCCUUGACUACGAGUUGCGCAUAAAACCAGAAGAAGGGCAAAUGUGGGAGAAAAUAUUUGUUGGACAUAGAACAACUUACAAGAUGUACAGUUUAAAUCCAGGGGAAAGAUAUGUUGCCCAAGUCCGCUGCAGGUCUGACCAUGGCUUGUGGAGCGACUGGAGUCCCCAAAGUUAUAUUAAGCUCCAAAAAGACGUCAGAGUGAAGGAUAUUCUUGUCUGGAUCUUUGUGGCUUGUUUAUCAUUUGCUGUGUGUUUGAUCAUGGUCUGCACUCUGGCUCUGAAAAGAACAAACAUGGUGGCCCGGCUUCUGCCACCUGUUCCACGUCCGAAAAUUAAAGGCUUUGAUGCUCAGCUAUUGGAGGCGGGGAAAACUGAAGAAUUACUGAGUGCCCUGGAUUGCCAGGGUUUCCCUCCCACGUCAGAUUAUGAUGACCUGCUGGUGGAAUUUUUGGAAGUAGAUGACAGCGAAGACCAGCAACUGAUGCCAAGUCACGAGAAGAAGUAUCCCAAUUCCACACACCAGGAAACAGACAGUGAUUCAGGGCGAGGAAGUUGUGAGAGCCCUUCUCUAUUAUCAGAGAAGCGCAAAGAUGCCAGAAAUCCAGCUGAACUGAAAACACUGGAUAUCCAGGGUGUGCAAAAGAACGCUGGUAUAAAAAGCACACCGGAAACCUCAAAUACAGACUGUGAAGGACAGCUCCCCUGGUCCAGUGUUGGUGGACCACGGGCGUCCACAUGGCCAGGGCCUCAGCUGCCAAACUGUCAGACUCCUAAUUGUUUCAGUAAGGAGAUCACAGAUGUGUGUAAAAUAGCACUCAGUGCCAUGAAUGGAAACAGGUCGCCUAUUUUGAUGAGGAGUGAAAAUACGCUUCAUCAUUCCCAACAACCGAGAACCACUGAAACAAUUAGCAAUGGAGCACCAACCAGGUUGGAGGAUGGGACAAACUUGCCCUUAAAUGUUCAUGGUGACCAAAGGGCCUUGUGGUUAUUCCCUCCUGUGAGGUUGCCUUCUUCAUCUAUAAAGCCAAUGGACUAUGUAGAAGUCCACAAAGUCAACCACGAUGGAGUGCUGGCUGUAUUACCAAAGCAGAAGCAGAAAGAAAAUGUUCACAAAGCUGAGAAGAGUCCUGUUGCCAGAGAUACAAAUGAAUACACCAAGGUUUCAACAGUUGCAGACAACCAUAUUUUGGUGUUAUUUCCUGAUCCAAAAAUGGAGGCCUUGCCUUCCUUUCAGGAAAUGCCAAAGGAAUCCAGCCAGAUAUAUUCACAGAGCCAAGCAGAGAAAAGUAUGGGCUAUUGUCUCUCAGCUCCAAAUGCAUUCAAAAUGCAGAGUGGUGGAUUGGACUACAUGGAUCCAAAUAAUUUUAUGCCCACUUUUAAUUAAUUGUAAACUUGACAGUCCUCUUCAGGUAACACUACAAGUAAAGUAGAUGGAACAAAAUUGGUCAAAUAUCUGAUUAAGCUCAGUUGUUGUAGCGCAUACCUUUUUAUGCUUUAUGCUCAAUCAUGUAAGAAUAUGCUGAUAGCUUACAGAUCUAUUUUUUCUAUCUCUGGUUUUUCAGAGCUAAAUUUCUGAAGAGUAACUUGCAGGAAUUUAAAAGUACAUGAUGUAGACACAUGCAACUGAUACUAGCUUGUGAUAUGUUUUUGCAGAGCUGACACAGUGUGUGACAAAAACAACUUCAGAUCUUUCUCAAAUGUUAGUUGAGAGAUUCAGGCUGUCUUUCAUUUUUUUUAAAAAAAUGAAAAACUAUACGACAGAUUCUUUAACUACACCAAUAGUAUCUAAGAUAUUUCUCACCUGUGUGCUACAAGUAUUGUAAAUUGUAAACUUUACAAUACAAACAUGGUAAAGUGUGCCACUUCAGUGCAUCACUUGUGAACGUGAUUUUUUGAACCAGUAUUCCCAAAAUCCCCAGUGGUCAUGCUGGCCAGGGGAUUCUGGGAGUUGUACAAAAUGUUUCUUUCCCACAUUACACACUGCUCCAGUAGAAAGGAUAUAUGUAUUGCGUGCAACUAAUCAUGGUUUUGGGUGGGGAGACAUUUUCUUCAUGUGAACUGAGCCAUAGUAAUGUGGAACAUAAGCAGGAGUUUGUGUCUACUCCAUGCUGCCUCUGGUCUUCAAGAACAUUCCUGUCCAAAGUGCCACAAAUCUACUUCAUUCACGCCAGUUGUGCAAUUAGUGGCAGGCCUGGCUGCUGAUAUGAGGGGACCUUCAGCAUGGAGCUGGAUGCUAGCUUCUGUAUACUGGUGUGAUCCAUUCCAGUGUUAGCAAACAGGUGGCUGAUCUGCUCUUUCACCUCUUUAUUCCUACUUACAUGGAGAGUGGACAAGACCUGCCAAAGAAGAGGAAUGAGGGCAGCUCUCCCUUACCAAGCACCAGGAAGACACCAUAGU